AUGACGAUUCAAACCCCCCAAGUCCGAAUCGUGGAAGUUGGACCUCGCGAUGGCCUGCAGAACAUCCGCGAAAAGGUCCCCACACAAACGAAAUUGGAACUUAUUCGACGACUGCGUGAUGCAGGACUACGCACAAUUGAACUUACCUCUGUCGUAUCGCCGCGUGCAAUUCCGCAACUCGCGGAUUGUCGUGAGGUUCUUGGGCAUUCGUCUGUGAAGGCUCUUUUCCAGCCGGACCAGGCGGGUUUGCGAUUUCCAGUCCUCGUGCCGAAUGUCAAGGGUUUGGAGAUUGCAGUGAACCAUGGAGUGAAGGAAGUUGCUGUUUUCAUCAGUGCGACUGAGGGGUUUAGUAAAGCCAAUAUCAAUUGCUCCGUUGAGCAAGGGAUUGCGAGGGCUGGGGAAGUCGCCGGGUUGGCGAGAAAGGCUGGUGUUGCUGUGAGAGGAUAUGUAUCGUGCAUCUUUCGAGAUCCCUUCGAUGGUCCAACCCCCGAAGCCGCAGUCUUGCGCUGCGUGACAUCCCUCCUAGCUGCAGGCUGCUAUGAAGUCAGUCUCGGUGAUACACUAGGCGUAGGAUCGCCGUCAAACGUGCACACUCUGAUCCAAUACUUAACGAGUCACGGGGUCCCCAUCGACAAGCUGGCCGGUCACUUCCACGAUACAUAUGGCCAAGCCGUGGCCAAUGUCUGGGAGGCAUAUACCUGCGGGAUGCGGGUAUUCGACAGCAGUGUCGGCGGACUUGGCGGGUGUCCCUUUGCUCCCGGUGCAAAGGGCAACGUCGCCUCCGAAGAUCUGGUAUACAUGUUCCACAACGCAGGUAUCAGCACGGGCGUGGAUCUGGCCAAGUUAGUCGAGACAGGGGAGUGGAUAUCACGACAGCUUUCCCAGUCCAAUUCAAGUCGAGCCGGUAAAGCCCUGUCCAUCAAAACACGGUCGCAGACGCAGACCAAUACCAACGCCAAAUCGACUACCAAUUCCAACUCCAAACAUCCAACACCCCUAAAAUGGACCCUCGUCUCCUCACCCGAAGGCCUCCAAAUCCACCGCAAUGCCACAAACCUCAAAAUAACCCUCAACCGCCCCAAAAACGGCAACGCCCUCACAUCAUCCAUGCUAACAACCCUAACAUCGACAAUUCAAUCCGCAAACUCCGAUCCCUUCACCAGCCGCAUCAUCAUCACCGCCACAGGCCGCUUCUUCUGCACAGGCAUGGACCUGGGACGGGAUACUUCCCCAGUCGCACAAGGCGGCUCUGCAUCUGACGCACAAUUUGCCCGACUCACUUCCCUCUUCGAGGUACUUGAUACCUCGCCCAAGGUUACUAUUGCAGUGAUGAAUGGGCCCGCAUUUGGCGGGGGCGUGGGACUGGCGUUUGCGUGUGAUAUGCGGCUUUGCGCUGCCGGGGCAGCGUGUACACUUAGCGAGGUGAAAUUGGGUCUUGCGCCGGCGACGAUUUCGAAGUAUGUUGUGCGGGAGUUGGGGGUGGCGUUUUCGAGGGAAGCGAUGUUAUCUGCGAGGGCUGUUGGUGCGGAGGAGUUGUUGGCUAGGGGAUUGGUUAGUGGUGUUGCGAAGGAUGGGGAUGAGUUGGUCGGAUUGCUGGAUGGGUUGUUGAUAAGGUUGAAAGCGUGUUCACCCGGGGGAUCCAGGAUGUCGAAGGAGUUGGUUAGAUUGGCGUGGAUGCAUGGGGGAAGGGAGGAGCAGGUUGAAGGGAUCAAGGGUGUGUUUGAUGAGAUGAUGAGGCCGGAUGCCGAGGGCGCGGUUGGGUUGAGAGAGUUUCAGGCGGGGAGGAAGAUGGAUUGGGAUGCAUUUGUACUCGGACAGGCAGAGGGCAAGGCGAAGUUGUAG